UUCUUAUCAGAACCGAUAUCUUCAUCUCUAAUUAUCAUUAAUAGAUAACUUAUUUAUAUUAUGCAUGUCAUAAUAAUUUCUUUACUUUAGUUCUUGAACUUAAUAAUUAUUAGGAUUAAUAAUUAUCGUAAAAUUAGAAUACUCUCGUCAUUGUUUGCUUCGUUCACGAAGAAGACAAAUAUAAUAUCUAUGUACGUGACUUUAAAAAAGAAAAAUAAUAUCCUUGCUCUUUCACGCUGUAAUUAUAUACACGCCACGCAGAUAUUUGACUCGCAAUAGUAUAAUUUAUUCGAAAUAGUUUGCGUGUCCUCACUACUGUCACCGACAUCUCCAGUCCCGUCAUACUAAUAGCCCUCAGAGUUCCCCCAAUAUAAUGAUCGUAAAAUUCCUAAUAAAUAAACCUUAGAGUUCUGUCUUGUAUUUGCCGUUGAAUAGCAUUAAGUUAUUCUCGCUCGUAGCUUACUACAGGAUUGUAUUCCUCGAGAAACCUUUUAUAAAUAAUUACAACAGCUGAAAGUUUACAAUUUUUGUUGAAUAAAAAAAAAUACCUAAUAAAAUCUCGAAAUUAUUACGUUCAUCAAUAUUUUCAUUUCUUUUUUCAAAAUGUUGCGCCGUAAAAGGGGUACCAGAAAGGUGAUAAGAAAAAUGGCAAAAAAAACAUUACCAACGGCACUUCAGACUGAUGUUACUAAUGACGAUGAGUGGGCUAAAAUUUUAACUAAAAAGGGCUUGUUAGUAGUUGAUAUUUAUGCCGCAUGGAGCGGACCAUGCACAGGUAUGGUGAGCACAUUAAAAAAAAUAAAAAUGGAAAUUGGCGGCGAUGCUUUAAAUUAUGCUACGGCGAGAUGCGAUGAUAUAACGGAUCUUCAGCGUUUUAAAGAGAAAAGCGAACCAAUUUGGAUGUUUAUUCGUGAUGGCAUGAUGAUUAAUUUAAUGUUUGGCGCACAUUGUCCACAACUGGUGAAAAUGUUGACCACCGAAUUUCAACGAAUUCAAAAUAGAGAGGAAUCGGAAUUCUCUAUAUCUGUAAAUGAAUGUAGCCCAGAAGAAAAUAUACGAAUGCGCAUCGCUGAGGAAGUCCGAAUAGCUAAGGAAACAGAGAAGAAAGCUCAAAAAGAAGCGGAAGCCAAAGAGAAAUAUGAAGCAGAAAUGGACCAUUUAACUAAUUCGUUAAUCGAUGAAACUUGUCUCUUAUUGUAUCCGUGGAUAUUUAAGGACGAAGAAGGACAUAAAAGGGAUAAAAAAUGUAGCCCACCGUAUCUGGAAUUAAUUGAAGAAAUUUUACCAGGAAAUUAUACUAUAGAACAGGAGAUACGAAAGCGAUUGAAUGAAGAUAUCCUUGAUAAAAUGUUUCACGAGUCCGAUUAUGUACUUACGGAUCACGAAAGACAAUUAAUUUUAGACGGUAAAUGUAUGCUUAUGCGUUUGAGAAGAAAUGAAUCUACGAAUGAAUUGGACGUUCAUCAGCAUUUGCUUACAUUACUCUUCGGAGAAGCAGUAUUAUUUUCGGCGGAUCAGUGCAUCACGGAUGAGACCUAUUGUGGACGACAUCGACCAGCAUUAAUAUCAUCUGAAAUGGAAAAUGAAUCGUUUCCCGUUGCAUGGACUCCACCGAAUGCCAGAAACAAGGCAACUGUAUUUCGUUUAAUCUUCAGCAAAUACACAAAUACUAGAUACCCAUACGAGGAUAAGAUAAAAAGAGAACCGAUAAUCAUUUUCAAAUACGACAGUACGAGGAAAAAUGAGUUGAAAAUGGUUUUGGAAAUGUAUACUGACGAUAUCGUAGAUUUUGGAGUUUUUGAGUGUGAUAAACCUUCAAAUAUAAAGAUGAUAGCUAAAUCUAUCAAGGAAUUUGAAUUUAGUACUUUAGAAAGAACUGGUUACGAAGUAUUUAUAUGUACUGUCAAGAAAAUAGGACGUGAAGCAUUUUUGGCAUUUGCCGGUAUUGGUCCUUUCUAUGUUAGCGAUAAUCACGAAAAUGCAAUAGAAGAAUCAAAAUUAUAUUUUCCAAUCGUUAGUGCGUUAGAAGAAAUACAGUCUGAUGACGAGGAUAAACCAGAAGAUGCAAUAAAUAAUGCAGUUACGGCAGAAAGUACUGAUUUAGAUUGUAGUGUGAAAAAGGAAUAAACAGAAAGAAUACAUAAAAACAAACGUGUAACUCCCUAUGUUCCAUUCCAUUUUAUAAAAAAAAAUUUUUAAAUUCCAAAUAAGCCGUUUAAGAUAUUUUCCAUGAAUUUAAUGGUAAAAUAAAUGAUGACAUACA